CGGGAACCACCGGGAACCACCGGGAGCGGAGCACCGGGAGUCACCGGGAGCUCCGGGAGGGAAGCACCGGGAGCCGCCAGGAGCCACCGGGAGCGGAGCACCGGGAGCACCGGGAGCACCGGGCCGGAGCGCCGCCCCGGCCGAGGAUGUCCGGGAGCGGCCCGGGACGGCCGGCGGAGGUGGCAGAGUGGCCGGCACAGCCGUUCGAGGAUUUCUUCGGGAGCACUGGUCUCGGCCCCUGUGCCGUGAGGCCGCUGAGAGGCGGCCCUGGCAGGAGCCGUGGGCAGAAGCAGAGAGCCCCGAGCCCCGUGGCAGAGAAGAGCAGAGCUGCAGCUGCUCCCAGGAAAAGAGCCACGCCGGGCCGGAGCCGAGCCCGGGAGGAGCUGCCGUGGGUGGAGAGACACCGACCUGAAACGCAGAAUGACCUUGCUGUGCAAAAGAAGAAGAUCGAGGAAGUUGAAACCUGGUUAAAAACACACAUAUUUCAGAGGCAGCCAAAGCAGGGUGGCCCUAUCUUGCUGCUGACUGGCCCUCCUGGCUGUGGAAAAACUGCAACUCUCCAAAUUCUGGCCAGAGAUCUUGGCCUUCAGGUGCAGGAGUGGACCAAUCCACUCUCUUUAGACUUCACAAAGGAAGACUUGAGAAGCAUGUUUGGCCAUGACUCAAAUUCUCAUACGUUUCCGAGUCAGGCCCAAGCAGCUCUCUUUCAAGAUUUUCUAUUAAGAGCAAAUAAGUAUAACAAACUUCAGAUGCUUGGGGAGUCCUCAGAAAAUGAUAAAAAGCUUAUUCUUAUUGAAGACAUUCCCAACCAGUUCUACCGGGAUCCUGGAAGCCUACAUGAAAUCCUCAGGAGUUUUGUUCGUAGGAGUAGGUGCCCCCUGGUCUUUAUAAUCUCAGAUAACUUCAGUGGAGACAGCAACCAGAGGUCACUGUUCCCCGCUGAAAUUGUAGAGGAGUUGUGUAUAUUCAAUAUUAGUUUCAAGCCUGUUGCACCGACCAAUAUGAUGAAAGUUCUUACUCGAAUAGCUGCAGCAGAAGCCAGUAUGAACAGAGAGAAUUAUGCCCCUGAUAGAACUUCUCUGGAGUUGCUUUGCAGAGGUUGCUCAGGUGACAUAAGAAGUGCAAUAAACAGCCUUCAGUUUUCCUCUACGAAAGGCUGCUCAUUGGAGAAAGAAUUUUGGUCAAAGAAGAAGAAGAAGUGCUCCACAACAAAAUGUGAGGAAGCAGGAGUAUCCAAAGUAAGAAAGAGAAGUAAAUGUGAUACCUCAGAAGACCAGGAGAUACAAGCUAUUGGUGGCAAGGAUGCAUCCAUUUUUCUUUUCCAUGCUCUGGGGAAGAUUAUUUAUUGCAAAAGAGAAGCAGUGUCAGAAGCAGAGUGCCCUCAGCUGCCUGCUCACCUGUCCAGACACCGCCGGGACACCUUGCUCAUUCAGCCUGAGGAAAUCGUGGAGAAAUCACAUAUGUCUGGAAGCAUGUUCAAUCUGUACCUUCACCAGAACUACGUGGACUUUUUUUCUGAUAUAGACGAUGUAGUGAGAGCCAGUGAAUAUUUGAGCACUGCUGACGUCCUUUGUAGUAACUGGAGUGCACGGCUGGUGAUGGAGAGCUACGCUGCCUCCGUGGCUACCCGAGGGGUGAUCCACUCCAACACCUCCAGAGCCUCUGCCCACCAGCAGGGGGGCAUGGGCUUCCGACCCCUACAUAAACCCCAGUGGUUUUUGAUCAAUAAAAAGUAUCAGGAAAAUUGCAUUGCUGCAAAAUCUCUGUUUUCAAGCUUCUGUUUACCACCUGAGUGCCUUCAGACAGAGCUGCUGCCUUAUCUUGCUAUGUUAGCAAACCCAAUGAGAAACCAAGCUCAGAUUGCUUUUAUCCAAGACGUGGGGAGGCUGCCACUGAAAAGACAUUUUGGGAGGCUGCAGCUGGAGGCUCUGACCGACCAGGACCCCGGGCUGCCGGAGCUGUCCCACGGCGACGGCGACCCCGAGGGGCUGCCCUCCAGCCAGUCCAGCGGGAGUGACCUGCCCGGCAGCCAGCCACAGCCCGUGGCAGCCCAGGCCCUCCUGGAGGAGGAGGAACUGAGGAUCGAGGAGUACGACAGCGACUGAGCCGCCCGGUGCCGUGCCGGUGGUGCUGGGGAGCUCUGCCCAGCUGGGCUGCCGAGCUGCACGGGCUGCAAACCCAGCCCAGGCUCCUGUGAGCUCAACCCAGGCUCCUGCAAGCCCAGCCCAGCCCGGGCUACAGUGAGCCCAGCACGGAGAGCCCCGCGCCCUCCUCGCUCCGCCGGGCCAGCCAAGCCCCACACUCAGCCUUCCUUCCUCUCCUGAGCCGCAGUACCGAGAGAAAUAAAGGGCUGAAAUCCAUUUUUUGAAGGACACUAGACACUAUCAGCAGUGUCACUCUUAAAUUAUUUGUGUUUUUACACGUUUUAAUAUACUUCGUACCUGUGCAGCGCGUUUCCUGAGUACACAUUCCGUGAGUUGUCAGCAUUUCGAGGGUUUGUUCAAAUUUUGUUCAAAUUCACGCUUCCAAAAAAAUGCUGUUUGGAAGUUCGGCCCUUCUGGAAAGAAGAGGCUGAAAUUUAUACCUAAAAAGUCACCGUACUGAUGAUGUAAAGAAAACUUCUAUUGUAUUCAUACUGUUUUGUACUCUGUCUUACAGAAGACAUAAAUAAGAUCUUCAUGUCUUUAUAAGUGGAACAAAUGUUGUACCAUGGAUUAUUUUGUAUUCCUCUUGGAAAAAAAAAAUUUCAUAACUUUUAGGGGGGAAAAAACAGCAAUUAAGCAGAAGUUGUACUUUGUAGGAAGAUAAAUGUGCAGUUUUUCUCCUUGGCUUGCAGUUGUGCUGGGGGAAGCAGUGAUCCUGUGUUUGGUAACUGACACAUGAUCGGGUGCAGAGAGGAAAAACAGCUUUGUGUGUGCACGUUGGCGUUUCUGUAUUGCUUACAGCCAGUUUGGUGACAGAAAACAGUGUUUAUCCACCCUGACCUUGGAUUAAUGCUAUUAAACAGUCUGUGCCUGUCCUUA